CUGCGAGUCAGCGUCGGAGGAACCUACACCGACUUGUCCAUUGUGAACUGCAAUGACGAGCUCCAUCCCGUCGAAUUCGAGGGCCCCGAAUUCAAAGGACGAGCUGUAGUCCGGAUUAGGGACUUUGUUGGCAUUACGAACGAUGGCUCUGAACCUAUCCAUAACUCUGAGUAUUUCAAGGGACACAAUCGCAGAUUUUCUAUUCAGGUCGAAGGACGAUUCAAGCGUGAAUGGGAUGGAGAACAGGUCUACUUUGGAACGGACUUUGACCGAGCUGUGCAACUCCCACAGGGAUUCGACACCAUGUUCAAGAUUGCGAAGUAUAUCGACCCAGUAGUCAAGACCUCGCUCUCAGAGAAUGAAAAGCCCUGGAUCUUGAGCCCUCUUAUCUCGUCCAUCAACACCAUGGCGGCAUGGCGCCCUCAGGAUGCCAAUCUUCCCUCGCCUCCUAUGACACCUCAGCACGCCACAGAUAUCGCGCAUGGCAUGAGCCUGAGUGAUUCAGGUCGUUCGUGGAAUACGACGUUUUUCAUGCCGGACAAGAAGAGCAUGAGCACUGCACAACGUCGAAAGCAAUUUCAGACAGAGGAGGCCCGGAAACAGUUUGUAUUCAAGCCGGAUUUGGUCCACGGAUUCGAGUUCUUUGCACCGUAUAUGGACUUUAAUACGGGCAACAUCAAGAUGGCGCUGUCGAUGAAUAUCUUGAGGUACUUGAACGGCCAACCCGUUCGUUAUACCUGCAGGUCGUUGGACGGCAACGUUGUCUUUUGGGCCGUUCAGUUUGAGUUCGUGGAAUGA